AUGGCAUACCUCAACAUCGACUUAACAUCCCUCCCUCAGCGACAAUCAGGAAAUUGCAUUUGCUAUACACUCAACACAAAAAGAGAAUAUCUUAAUGAAAAGGAGUGGAAACAUCACGAUGGAAGUCCAGCAUCGAAUGAUGCAAAAAUCAGACAAUGGACAUUUGGAAAGGAGAUUGAAAACAAAAUCAACAAAACUAUUUUGCUUGCGGGGGAAACAGGAACAGGGAAGACCACUCUCAUCCACACCAUGGUCAAUUACAUGUUAGGAGUGAAGUUUGAAGACAAAGUUUGGUUUGAGCUCGCAGAAGAGGAGGAAAAAGGCCAGACUCUGUCCAAAACAUUGGCUGUCACAGUGUACAAGAUCCAUAUUGAGGAGCAGGAAUCUUCUUUCACCAUUAUUGAUACCCCAGGGUACGGAGACACACAAAGUGAAGAUAAUGGCGAGGCCAUCGCUGAAAAUUUAUCUGAGCUGUUUGAAUCAUAUGGAAAAAUUGAAAGAAUUGAUACAGUUGGUCUUGUGGUAAAAUCAUCAGCGAAUCGACUGACAAAAUCUCAGCGUUACAUCUUUGACUCCAUUCUGUCCUUAUUUGGCAAAGAUAUAGAAGAUAACAUAGUCCUCCUCAUUACACACUCCGAUGGACUGCCCCCUACAAAUGCAAUUGAUGCCGUCAAAAUGGCAAACGCAAGAUGUGCCAAGGGUGACGAUGGUGAACCAACUCACUUCCUAUUUAACAGCCGACAAUUGGCUUUAGGGGAUGGUUUUCCUGUUGCUGGAGAGAGCAAAAUCUACUGA